CACAACCUUCACGAGCCCAGACACACGAGCUAUCUAUCUACGUUUCUCUAAAUUCCUCCUUGACCCUUCAUUUCGACCUGCUCUUUGAUCUUAUCGACAACAAUGACGCCUAAGAACCAUGUACCGAAAUUGCCGGCCCAGCAAUUGGCCAUAUUGGCUGUCGCGAGAUUUGCCGAGCCUCUCUCUUACACGUCUGUCUUCCCAUACCUACCAGAGAUGAUCUCCAGUUUCGGUGUUGAAAGAAAGGAAGUCGCGAAAUGGGCUGGCAUCACAAGUUCUGUCUUUUCGCUUGCCCAGAGCUUGACCGCUAUAUUUUGGGGUAGGGCUUCUGAUAGAUUUGGAAGGAAACCAACUAUUAUGACCGGUCUCCUAUGUACGAUGAUCUGCUUUAUGGUGUGGGGUGUCUCGACGAGUUUACCGAUGGCCAUCGCCGUGCGUGCUAUGAUGGGAGCUGGUAACGGAAACGUUGGUAUUAUUCGAACGAUGGUUGCGGAGAUGGUAACAGAGAAAGAACUCCAGCCGAAGGCCUUCUCCGUCAUGCCACUAGUCUGGAGUGUCGGAUCUGUAUUCGGUCCAGCAUUCGGCGGUCUAUUCGCUAAACCCGCAGAGCAAUGGCCGGGAGUCUUUGGCAACAACACAUUUUUCAAGAAAUACCCGUUCGCCUUCCCUAACAUGAUAGGCUCCAUCUUCUUCCUGAUCUCUCUCUCGACGGCUAUGCUCUUCUUGAAGGAGACCCUUCAGAGCAAGCGUCACUCCCGCGACUGGGGUCUCGUCCUUGGUGAACGUAUCAAGGAAGCCUUCCGCGAGCACUCUCCCAGACGACGAGCCCAGCGUCUCCGCCGAUACUCCCUUCAAGACGAUGAGGUAACUGCACCACUACUUAGCGGAGCCGCCCCUUCGAAGACCGCGCGAGCCACCGUCGUCGAAACGCGAAUCGAAAAACCCAAGCCCCUCCCAAUUAGCGCAGUGUUCAGCCGCCAAACCACCACUAACCUCAUCUCAUACACCUUCCUCGCGCUCCACGCCGUCGCCUACGACCAAGUCCUCCCCGUUUUCCUCAACUACCCGCCCCAAGAGCACACCCCGGAAAACACCACCUUCCCCUUCCGCUUCAGCGGCGGCUUUGGACUCAACCACGCACACAUCGGCGCCAUCUUCGCCGCCGAAGGCGUACUAUCGGGAUUCGUUCAAUUCCUAGUCUUCCCGCUCCUCUGCAAGCGGUUCGGCGUUCUGCGCUGCUUCAAGGCAUGCGUCGUCGUCUUCCCGGUCGUGUACGUCCUCACGCCCUUCGUUGUGCUCAUCGAGCCCGCGAUGCUGCGGUACGCCGCGCUAGGUCUGAUUCUCAUGAUCAAGACCUUCGCCGUCAUCGUCGGGUUCCCGUGUACCACGAUAUUACUAACGAAUAGCGCGCCGAGCUUGAGUAUUCUGGGCACCCUGAACGGCUUCGCGACCACGUUUAGUGCGCUGGGACGAGCUACCGGACCUGCGCUUACGGGGUCGGUGUUCACGUGGGGUGUUAAACAUGAUGUUAUCGGUAUGCCGUGGUGGCUGUUGGCGUGUAUUGCGACGUUAGGUGCUGUGCCCGCAUAUAUGGUUGUCGAGGGAGACGGGCCGAGUGGGGCUGUUACGCCUGUUGAUAGUGAUGACGAAGAUGAAGAGGGAGAGGUUGAUGAUGAGAUUGCGGAAGAUUACGAGGAUGAUGGGUUUGAGAGCAGUCAGACUAGCACGAUUGUUGUGUUGGAGCAGUCGCAGGGGCAAGAAUCACCAUCUUCGGAGGGUUCGAGGAAUAGUAAUGGCUAUGGGGCUGUAGAGACCAGGAGAAGCCCGGCUACAGUUAACUGAGUGUGGGGGCUAUGGUGGUCGUCUUAAUACUAGUAACUACCUAAUGUUCUCACGAUGAGAUCAUUGAGGGGACGGCUAGGCGAUGGU